CGCAGACGACACUUCACAAAGUUCUUGGCUAGGAAGUGAUGUGAGGGUACCAGAGUGGGGGUGACAAAAAGAGAGUCCCUCUUCGCCGAGUUCACCCUGGACACAGGCUCUUCAGCCCACUGAAUGGAUGGGGACAGCCAGCAGAGCCUCCUAGGACCCCUACCGCUGGUGACAAGCCCACCUUUGUGCCUCUGUACAAGUUCAUGAACACCCAGUACUUUGGAGACAUUGGAUUGGGAACGCCUCCUCAGAACUUCACGGUUGUCUUUGACACGGGUUCUUCCAACUUGUGGGUCCCCUCCGUGAGAUGUCAUUUCUUCAGUUUGCCCUGCUGGUUUCACCGUCGUUUCAAUCCCAAGGCCUCCAGCUCCUUUCGGCCCAACGGGACCAAGCUUGCCAUUCAGUAUGGGUCUGGGCAGCUGACCGGAAUCCUGAGCCAGGAUAAUCUGACUAUCGGGGAAAUCCGCGGUGUCUCUGUGACGUUUGGAGAGGCUCUGUGGGAGUCCAGCAUGGUCUUUACUUUGGCUCACUUUGAUGGGAUCCUGGGCCUCGGUUUCCCAUCUCUGGCUGUAGAUGGAGUUCAGCCUCCACUGGACGCAAUGGUGGAGCAGGGGCUGCUGCAGAAGCCCAUCUUCUCCUUUUACCUCAACAGAGACGCCGAAGGGUCUGAUGGAGGAGAGCUGGUCCUGGGGGGCUCAGACCCAGCUCACUACAUACCUCCCCUCACCUUCAUUCCAGUCACCAUCCCUGCCUACUGGCAGGUCCACAUGGAGAGUGUAAAUGUUGGUACAGGGCUGAGUCUUUGUGCCCAGGGCUGUGGUGUCAUCCUAGACACAGGCACAUCUCUAAUCACAGGACCUAGUGAGGAGAUCCAUGCCUUGAAUAAGGCUAUUGGGGGACUUCCCUUCCUGGCUGGGCAGUACUUCAUUCAGUGUUCCAAGACCCCAGAGCUCCCCACUGUCUCCUUCCGCCUUGGUGGAGUCUGGUUUAACCUCACAGGCCAGGACUAUGUCAUUAAGAUUCUUAACAGUGAUGAUGUUGGCCUCUGCCUAUUGGGCUUCCAGGCCUUGGACAUCCCGAAGCCUGCAGGACCCCUCUGGAUCCUCGGAGACGUCUUUUUGGGGCCCUACGUGGCGGUCUUCGACAGAGGGGUCAAAACCGUUGGCCCGCGUGUGGGUCUGGCGCGUGCUCGGUCUCGUGCAACUGUACCAGCAGGAAGAAAGGCUGCGCAAACGCAGUUCCUCAGAGGACAUUCUGGUUAGGGUACAUGCACACAGGGCCACAGAGGCCGUGCUUCUUUCCAA